AACUUCAACGGUCGCCAUCUUGUGUUUAUUUUGUUUGGCGUGCUCUGUGCUCUGCGGAAGCGGCGUCUAUUAAAGUUCAUUUCUUAAUUUCUGAAGUAAAGACAGUGGGCUGUUCCUCAUACUUCUUGAAUCGUAUCAUUAUGUCAUACGGAUCGCGAAAUGAGUGUCGAAUUUAUGUGGGGAACCUUCCGCCAGAUAUUCGUACCAAGGAUAUUCAGGAUUUGUUUUACAAGUAUGGCAAAGUCACGUUUGUUGAUUUGAAAAAUAGACGAGGCCCACCAUUUGCGUUCGUUGAAUUUGAUGACCCGCGGGAUGCUGAAGAUGCUGUGCAUGCCAGAGAUGGCUUUGAUUAUGACGGCUACAGAUUACGAGUUGAGUUUCCCAGAGGGGGUGGACCUGCCAUGCGAGGAAGUAGUCGUAACAUGUCAGGAUCCAGCAGCAGUGGCAGCCGUGGCAGGGGUCCACCUGCUCGUCGCUCCCAAUACAGAGUAUUGGUCUCAGGUCUUCCUCCUUCUGGCAGCUGGCAGGAUCUAAAGGAUCACAUGCGUGAAGCAGGUGAUGUGUGCUUUGCUGACGUAUUUAAAGAUGGAACUGGUGUUGUAGAAUUCCUCCGAUAUGAUGACAUGAAGUAUGCUUUCAAAAAAUUGGACGACUCUAGAUUCCGGUCACAUGAGGGAGAAGUGACUUACAUCAGAGUUAAAGAAGAUUACUCUGGAAGCAGUGGUGGGCGCGCCAGUGAAGAACGUGGGCGUAGGUCACGCUCUCGUAGCUAUUCAUCACGAGGGAAACGUGGUUCUCCUUCCUAUUCUCCCAUUCCUAGGAGAAGUUACUCUCGAUCUCGAUCUCGAGGAAGCCGUUCUCCUUCAUAUGAUUGAUCAAUUGUGAGCAACUGCCUCAGUGAACAUAAACUGAAAUUCAAUUUAUGUGCCUACAAGCAGUAGGCUGGGAGUACCCAAGUUCCCUCAACCAGUUUCUGGAUAUCAACUGGAUGGGAAGAAUCUUCGAGGGCUCUCUGCUCACCCAAAUGGUCAGUUAACAUUUUAAAAUCAUUUUGUUAUGCCCUAAAUCCUUUUCCACGUUCCUCCAGGGGAUUAAGUGUUAUUUUCAUACCUUGUAUUUCUUUUUUCCCCCCCUUUGUUGUUUUUUUUUUUUCUUUUUUUUUAAUUUUGUGUGAAUGUGAAUUAAGCAAGUUUUGACUCAACAUUGUGUAUUUUCAAGCACAUAUGUGAAGGCAUGGAAAUAAUAGUGUUUCAUUCCAACUAGUUUUAAUUGUGAGUUGUUUCAAAGGUAAUCAAUACUUGAGACCAGCUCUUGAGGGCUUCUGACAAUGUUUUAUGUUUGUUUCCAUGGUGUGCAUAGUGUAAAUUUUUUCUGUUAAUGCAUGGCGUUUAAAUCAUUAGCGUCAGCUUAUUGAUGCCAAAUGUCAGAAAUCUAGUUUGAUCUUGAUCACAAAUGUAAGGAUAAACAAGAGUCAGCCUUUCAUCUCAUAGGCCUUCAUUCUAACAAUUUGUAUCUAGCAUGUACUUAAUUAAAUUUGACAAACUAUAAUUUUUUUAAAUUGUUUCCUCAUAUAGCUGUCCUUUUUUCUGUAUUGGGUAUUCCGUGGUUGUAACACUCUUCUCGUAACUUCUUUAAUAGUGUUUCCUUGCCUUCAAGUGCUCUUUCUAUGGAACACAUUUAGUUCAGAUUUUAUGUGCUGUUAGUCAUAUUCAUAUUGAGUGCAGGCAGAGGUAUUACAAACUUAUCAUGGUCCCUGUCUCUAAAGGCCUUUGCUGUGUUUAUUUGAAUUGUACAAUAAUAGAAGUAUCCAAAGUCAUGAACUACCUUCAAAACUCCAUUAUUUGUUGCAGUAUUUACCAUGAAAUUACCUCAGUACUAGGCUGCUGUGCUAUGUCUUAUCCCUUAGUAAUAAUGAAUUUUCACUUUACCCCAUUCAUUGUGAACUGAUCUUUGUCAACAUUUGUUGAUCAUCAGAAAAUCUCUAGCAUUUUAAGGAAGUCUUACUAUAUGUAGCUUUUUAGAUGCUGGUAUUUUACAUUCCCAUGUCCUCUACCAAUGGGGCUAUUAAAUUUACUUGAAGCUAAAAUAGUGUUAAUAGCAUGGUAAAGGUGUGAUGCUCUAAAUUUCACACUGCUGCGUGUCUUCAGUGGCUUUGUGUCAAAUUUUAAAUAUUUCUCUUGAGUUGACUGUGUUUUUAGUUCAUGUGUGUUUGUGUGUUCAUGGGCCUCAUGUAAUGAGCCUUCCACAGACUUGCAAUAUAUAUGUAUACAUAAGCUUUGUUUACCAUACCAUAGUCUUAUUUAGUUCACAAUACAAAUGAAUCUUUUCCAAAAUAACCACAAUGAAUAUAGAAAUUGAUGUUUAGUUUUGUCCUAUCCUUCUACCCAUUUAAAAAGCAUUUGUGUUUUUACUUUUCUUUGUUACUUGUGAUGUUUUUCUUCUUUUUAUCUCUGUAUGUCAAUGACCAUUUUAUGGUUCUAACUGUUUAGACCUUGUCUUCAUUGUGAUGAUAAAAUGUGACUAAUGGUUCUUUCUUUUUCUUUUCAUUCUUCUGGAUAGCCAGAGCAUUGUAACUGGAUGUAUGUGGAAGGAAUGGAAUGGAUUGGAUUGCUAUUGGAUGAACCUAUUAAAGGAACGCUGAUCCUAGCACUA